AUGGGUGGUGAUGGUGAUUCAAAUCACCAAGUUUCGAGUGGUGAUGUGGUGAUUCAGAAGGUGAUGCAGAUUUUACCCACCCUCGCUCGUGGUCGUACGUCGAUGGACACACGGCGGUCACAGUACGAACGCGUCGACGUCCACGCCCGCGGCGGCGGCGGCGAGCGAUCGCGAUCGACGCCGCGCGCGACGCCGGGGUGUGGACGACAGUGCGUCGACGACGACGACGCGCGAGGUCGACGCGCGACGCGCGCGUGA